AUGAAUGGAAGUGAAUGGUAUUUGAAGAGAUUGAUUGAGACUGGUUCGUUCAGACCUAUCUCUGGAUACAAAGAGACACAAUUGUAUCACAAGUCACAUUAUCCAAACCAGGAGUACAAAGGCUUGGCUAAACUGUUCACCGCUGAGAAUUGGGAUGUUGAUGCCUGGAUGACCCUGUGCAAGAAGGUAGGCGUCACCUAUGUAAUACUUACUGCCAAGCAUCAUGAUGGUUACUGUUUAUGGCCAUCUAAAACGGCCAAUCAAUGGAACUCGGUUGAGGUCGGACCAAAGUUAGACCUGGUGUCCACAUUCAAAGCGGCUGCCAAACGACAUGGUCUACAGUUUGGUCUUUACUACUCUUGGUCAGAGUUUGAAGUUGGCUGCACAAAGGAGUACUGUGACAAUGUCGUGCGGCCACAAAUGACCGAGUUGAUGGCUCACCAACCUGAUAUAUGGUGGUUCGAUGGACAUUGGUCAAUGAACACCAAGUAUAGUCAAACUAUGAUGAGCAACAUAUGUGAUCAGAUUCACAAGAUGACUCCAAAUGCACUUAUUAAUGAUCGUAUUGGAUCAAAGGUGGAGUUCAAAAGUCCAAGAUACCUAGGACGUUCCAACUACAGAGUCUAUGAUGAUCGUGCUUUGCCAGCCAAGCGACCUCCAUGCCCAUGGGAGCACAUCAAUACUAUUGGAAUGAGUUGGGGUAGGAAUAGAUCACAGACCAAAGAACAUUACAAAACUGGUCAAGGGCUUUUCGACCUCUAUAACCAAGUAAAGUUACUUGGAGGUCGAUUCCUUCUUAACUUGGGACCUGACUGUGAUGGCCAAUUGGACCCCUUUGAAGUGGAGAGUCUUUUGGAGUUGGGCAAAUUGAUUGGAGUCGAGGCCGAGCUCGAUCCAGAUGAGCCCGAGGUAACAACAACAACUCGAAAGAGCCAAUAA